UGAUCCCCGAACGCGGCCAUAUUUCCUCUCGUGGCUCUCUCUCGUCCACGGAAAGCAGGAAAGGUGGUGCGCGGUUCUGGCGGUGACCAAAUUUUCCCAGGGAGGCGAUGGUCGCGACGCGCGCGUGCAUUUCGUAACGGUCGUCGGUGCAGCGACAGUGAAAGACUAGGAGAGUGAAAAGUGGUUAAUCAUGCCCAGAGAAGGCAGCAAUCCGGCCGGCAGGCGGCCGUCGUCGCGCAACGCGAAGCCCUACGACGCGAACAACUCAUUUGUAAGAAAAGUGGCGACCAAGGUAACAGAUUUUAUACCACAGUCCUCAUGGAUUAGUAAGUGGUUCAAUACCUCUCAAGGUAACGAGACUGUGUUAGACAGUAGAGAGAAUAUUGUGGAAAUGGAGCUAGAGGAUGAUGCGCAACAGCCUCCUAACAAGCGAGCACGCAUUCGCAUGGAUGUGAUCCAUCCACCUGGCACAUUUUCUAUACAAUCUAGAGCUAAAACCACAGUUGAACCUAAAGAGCAGUACUCUAUUCAUAACGACAUGACAGAAGAUUUUCUGGAACCUGCGACAGCUGGACCAAGUGGAAUAAGCCGUUUAAUAUCCUCGACUUCUGCGAUACAAGCGGAUAUUAGGACCGUAACGUCUCAUAGGUCUGACUUAAAUUCGCUAGCUUCGUCAACCAAUAAUGGAAUAGCAAAUGGAAUGGAUGAUAAUUCGGAGUCCAGUGAAAGUACCAGUGGUUGUAGUUCGCUUAUCCCACAAAUAAAUAGGCAUGAAGGCCCAUCAAAUUUAUUAUAUAAUUCGACUUUUACUAGUAGAAAGAGACACGCUGAUGAUAAAUUGACAUUUACAAAUCAUUUACAAUCUCCAAGAUCCUUGUUUCUAGACAGUAAUUCUCGUGAUACUUUAAGUAGUCGCAGGCCAAGUUUUAAUGCAUCAAUUGUAACAAACGCUAUAGACCGCGCAUCUCCGCUAUCCUCUCCCUUUUAUAGUGGCAAUAUUACUUUCGGUGGUGCAAAUGCAGCAGGUCUUUACAAACGAAGUCGAAAUAUUUUUAGCAAUUCAAACGACAUACAACUUAAAGUGCCGAGGAGAACCAAUGUUGAAGUCAAGCCUUCUGAUGGAGUUGAUUCAUCGGGUAUGAGUCAAACUGCUAAAAAGAUAUUAGACGCACUAGAACAUUUCUCGUCGCCUAUAUCUGACGCGAAGAAAAUUCCGUUAAAAAACGCGAAUAAUGCUGUGUCUUUGGCAACGAGCAAAAAAAGAGCGCGAGAAGAGACAGCAAACCCAUCCGCUAGAAUAGGUUUGCGUCAUUUGACGCGCGAAUUAACAGUACCAACCGUCCCCGAUAUAUUGAAGUUAAGACGAAGGCAAAAAUUACAAGAUACAACUCUUAUGGCUAGAAAGAUCGUUUCCGCUCGUAGCAAUCCACCUCCGCCACCACAGGAAUAUCGACUGAGAACGGAAGAUACUGAAAGUGAAAAGUACCGCGGCAAGUUGAAGGGCAAAUCUAAAAUAAAUCUAGAACAGGAAGAAACGGUGGCGCCUGUAAAUUUGCCAAACAUACCUCUGCCAAUAACAACAUUACCCAAUUUCAAUUUUACCCUAUCACCCCCUGUUUCACAUUCCACAGGCAAAACUACAGCUAACAAAGAAAACACUUUUACAUUUGCUAGCCCUAUCAAGGUGACAGAUAUUGGGAAAAGUUUGCAGUCUGUUAACAAAUUUACCUUCAGUAAUCCGAUCAACGCCGAAGACUGCGCAAGUGAUUCAAAUUUGCAUUCAACAACAGAAAAUAAAUCUACUGUUGAUCGUGCGAUUACAUCCGUACCAAAUUUCAUUUGGAGUGGCUCAUCCACAGCUCCCAGAUUAAAAGCAAAACUAAAAAGCAGCAAGAAUAAUUCCGUCGAGUCUGCAACAUCGCAAGAAUUAAAAUCAGGAAAUAUUAUGGAUGUAUUCUCUUCUACAUCUAAAAAAAUGGAAUUUAAUUUAAUUGGACAGUCAAACUCAGGAUUGGCUUCUGAAACAAUACACUCUGACAAGACUGUCAGUACAUUUGCCGGCUCAGAUUUAGAUAUCACACGAACUCACAGUACAGAGUCGUCUUGGGAAUGUAAUGAAUGUAUGAUUAGGAACAAUGGUGCAGACAAACAGUGCGCUGCAUGUAAAAUUUCUCGAUCCGAUUCUAAUAAAAAAACUACAUCGCCCUCAACAUCAACAACGGAUACGGUUUUAGAGACAAAACCGAUCGUACCAGUCGAUUGCUUUGGUUCUCAAUUUAAACUGUCUACACAUCAAUGGGAAUGUUCGACUUGCUGUGUAAGGAAUAAACAAAGUGACAACACAUGUGUAGCAUGCACUACACCGAAAUCAGGAAGUAGUUCUACAAUGCAACAAACUGUUAAAUCUCAAAAUUCCGAUCUAAUGGAGAAGUUUAAACCUGCCGAAGGAUCGUGGGAAUGCUCCGGUUGUUUACUAAGGAACGUUGCGAACGUUAUUACGUGUCCUUGCUGCAAUGCAUCUAAACCUACUAUUGUAAAAACAAAACCGAAGCAGACAAAUAAUGUUACGGAAUCGUCUGUGCAAAAAUUGAACACUAGUACAGCCUGGCAGGAAGCCUGGGCAGGAACGCGGGAAAGAUCUAAUAAUUCUGAAAUAAUGAACAAAUUUAAACCAAGCAAAGAUUCUUGGGAAUGUCCAGGAUGCUUUGUUAGAAAUAACAGUUCUGUUAUCAGCUGUCCUUGCUGCAACACCUCUAAGCCUAAUUCUACUGAUGAACCGAACAAAACGGAACAGAUAUCAAGUAAUGGAUUUGGGGACAAAUUUAAAAAACCAGAAGGUGCAUGGAUUUGUGAUGCUUGUAUGCUACAAAAUGAUGCAAAGCAUAUGGAAUGUGUGGCUUGCCAAGCUUCAAAGCCUGGUACUGUAAAAUCAAACGAAUCUUCGAAUACCAUCUCUACCUUACAGUUUAAGUUUGGUGUAUCACAAACUUGUACAACAAACUCUAUUAGUGGACCAUGUGGAUUCAAUUUUGGGAUAGAUAAGGCUGACAAUCAAUCUAAAUCUGACGCAACAUCUCCCUUAAACGGAUUUAAAUUUGGUAAUGCACAACAGAAUAGUGGUAUGGCACAAUUUACAUUUGGUAUUCCAAAAGAACAGAAUAAAAAUGAAGUAUCUAAAACCAAUAGUGUAACAACAUCUGUUAAUAGUAUAGAAUUUUCAUUUAAUGUGAAAAGUCCUGAAAAAUCAGAAUCUAUUGAUCAGGAAGCUAAACAGAAAACACUUUUUAGUAUGCCGAAAAAUGAUAAUUUAAUAACAGACAGUGAAAAACAGAAUGUAAACAUUGUAUCCAGUGUUCCAUCAACCAUACCUUCUUUCACCUUUGGUGUACAGAAAACAGAACUUGAUCAGUCUACUUCAAAUCAGAGCACCCAAAAAACUUCCUUUGCAACAAUUGUGACAGAAAGCUCCAAAUCAGUGGUAACAACUAAUGCGGUAUCAAUCAGCACUAAUACGACGUUACCAUCGUUAUUGACAAAAAAAGAUACUACAAAGAAUAUAUCAGACACAAAACCAGAGCCGAUAUUUUCAUUUGGAGUACCAAGCAGCAUAAGUACUGCUACUACAACUUCCACAAAUGCAACGACUACUUGUCUUCCAACUUUUGCUCAAUCUACUUUCACAUUUUCCAAUUCAAAGACGUCAUCUCAGCCAGCCACAAUAUCAUCUUUUGGUCAAGUUCCGACAUCAUCUGCCACGUUGUCCACGAGUGUGUCAAUCAGAGGAAACAAGGCACCCGAGACUACUCAGUCAGUUAGCAAAGUCGUGAACGAUACACCGGCUGCUACUCCGCUCUUCCCGAGUGCCACGCCGUUAUUCAAUAAUGAGUCAAAGACAACAGCAUUCAACACUUACAAACCGUGUUUUACCGCGACGGGAGAUAAAUCGUUAGGAUAUGCCACGCCCGAGAACAAACUUCCAACAUUCGGCAGUAAUACUGAGAGUAAAUUACCGAUUUUCGGUGCGCCUGAAACGAAGUUGCCCGUAUUCAAUUCACCUGUGACAAAUCCUCUAUCAACGUUUGGCAAACCGAACUCCAGCAGUGCUGCUUCAUCGACCUUUGGCUCGACUAAUGCCCCGACCUUUGGAAAUAAUACCACAUCCGCUUUUGAUGGUACUACGACAACACCCAGUAUAUUUUCAACCACCAAGCCGAACUCAUCUUUAUUCACGUUCGGCUCGGCUGCGUCGCAACAGUCGGCAAGUGGCGGAUUUAAUUUCUCCGCGAAUGUUAAUCCAGCUGUGUCGUCCGCAAAGCCGCUUUUCACGUUUGGUGGUAAUUCAAGUACGCCGCAGAGCAGUAACAAUACCUUUGGUAGUGGUACAUUUGAAACGAAUUCCGCUCCAACGAAUGCUGCUAAUUUUACGUUUAAUCCACCUAAACAAGAAACACCGGCAGCAUUCGGUCAAGGCGCAAUAGCAACUCCGAUAUUCGGUACCCCACAGGCAAAUCCGCAGACUCAAGCGACAUCAUCAUUUUCGUCUACUCCUUCGUCCAAUACAGGAUUCAAUUUUGGAUCUACAGCUCCGAUUGCUACACCAUCAGGAGGUUUUAAUUUUGGAGCAAUGCCAUCUACAUCUACACCGACUGGAGGAUUCAAUUUUAAUCCUCCUGCUUCUGCUCCAACGGUAGCUUUCGAUCCAAAUAGUCGGCCUUCGUUUAACUUUACCAAAGGAAGUGCACCAACAGCAUUUAACGCUCCUCCUCAGUCAGCAGCACCACCAGGACGAAAAAUCAAAAAAGCAUUUCGAAGAUGCGUGCGGUAGAGAGCAUUUUCGACAUAUGACAACACGCAUACACUCAGGUGCGUCUCUACAUCUGUCUGUAUAUCUGAGGGUCUCUGUAUGUUAGGCGUUAUAUAAAAAGAUGUACAAUGAAAUUCUCUUAUACAUCAAUCAACGGCAGUGUGGUGGUAUAUACCAAGCAUCUUUGUAAUAUAGUAUCUGAAACUAACCGAAUAUGCUUGCGUACAACCACUUGUGUUCUCUCCCUGCAGGAAAAUGUAAAUUAUAAAUUAUUUAAAUUAUACAAGUUAUAACGAAAAUAAUAUUUUGGAGUUGGCAUGAAGCCAGUAAAUCGUGAUGGCGUUGCAUUACUAAGACCUUACCAAAAAAUUGGACGUAAUGUAUAUGUACCAACAUGACGUAUUCAAGAUAGCGUACAUAUUUGCCGAAAUCGAAAAGUAUACCUCGACAAAGAAAAUUAAUAAGCACUUAACAUGUGCAAUUGAAGUACUAGAUACUAGUGGGAGAUUGUCACCUAUUCAGGUAAGUAUAAGUCAGUCACAGUAGCUCGUAGCAUGCUUUGUAAAAAAGUCUUGGUAUAAAAUUUAUUGAGUUUAGUUUAAAAGUACUAUGUGCGCGGGCAUCAUAAUUUUUAAACUGAGUAUAUACAAAUCAAAGUAUCUAAAUACGAAUAUUAAAUAUCUUUCAUGCAUUCGAAUUUUGAUGAAAAAAAACCUUUCAAAUAAAAAAAGAUUUAAGAAAAAUAACAUGAUUCUUAUAAUUUUAAAUUAAAUUUUUAAUUUUAUGUAAUAUUAUUUAAUGGUUUCAUAUUUGAUCAUUCAAACUUAACGUUUCAUUUUUUUAUUUAACAUAUUAAUGUUAUGAGCUGUCUCAUUUUGCUUAACCAUUCUGUUAAAAAUUAUAAGUAAUUUUUAUAUUCUUCUCACAUACAUAUAUACACGUUAUAUAUCUUUCUAUUUUUGAUAAGUUUAUAUUUUUCAAAUUUUUAAAUGGUUCUUUGUGUAAUUAAAUUCUAUGUAUUAUAAUAUUUAUGAUGAGCCUACGGAUGCUUAUAAAAUUUCGUGACAUUACGAGCAUUGUGAAUUGACUAUAUAUCAAUAAAAUCCCACUAUACAUAUAUACAUAAAUAUACAUAUAUAGAUAUUAAUUAUAUUUGAAUUAGAAUUUCGUGGGCAGCCCUACAUCAUCUUUGUAGAACUAGUCCAGGAAAAAUGUAACAUACACAAAAAUGGCAUUCGGAUAGUACAAAUUGACGAUUACUAAACGUUUCCAUUGAGUAGUCGAAAUUAUAUAUUUUUUUUAUAUAUUGAAUGAAAUAAUCCUAUAUAAAAAAAAAUACUGAAUGCCAUUUUGAUAGGAUUAUAUUAUAAUGUUGUGUGUUUUACCAUAGAGUGAGUGAAAUCAAUUUGAAAGGAUAUGUUGAAUGGAAAUAAAUUAUUAAGGGACUUCUAAAGAAUUUUUAAAAAUGUUUUAUUGGAUAUAAUUCUUAUAGAUAUAAGUACUUAAAUAUGUAUUUAUAUCUUGGAUAUAAGUCUAACAAGUUUCUAGGUUUUUCGAAUUAUGUAUUAAUUUUUAUUUAUUAUUAUGUGCUUAGUACAGUUAGUGGAAAAUAAAGAUUCGAUUUAAUUCGAUUUCAAAUUUAAACAAGAGAUGUCUGUUUACUUAUAUCACCUUAGAUAUUGUUAAAAUAAAAUCAAUAAAAAUUAAAAAUUUCAAAAUCCAACACUCCAAUUAUUGUGAAAAAUAAGAAAUGUUUAAUUUACCUUUUUAAAUAAGAACUCUUUUUAUGAUAAUACUAUAAUAAUACAACAUAUAUUGGAAUAAUUUUCGUAAGUGCAAUUUUUACAAUAACAUUUACACAAAUUUGAAAUUACUUAAACAGACAUAAACCAUUCUUUUAGAAGUCCCUAAAGCGGAAAGUAGUUAGAUGGCGUGUAAUAAUGAUUAAUAAAUCAUUGAAAUCAUGCACAUCUUAUUUAAAAACAGGCUAGUUAUGUAUAAUGUUGGCUUAGACUCGACAGUAGCCAAGAAUAACUCGGCACAUGACCUAUCUUAUGCCAUAUUAGACACAUAGGUACAAAACAUUCUGUUAAACAUUGUUGUUUAUCCGUUGUUAUGUAAUAUUUACAUGUAAACAUUAAGUUCUGUACAUUGUUAAGAGGCAAAAAUUCAUACGAUAUUGUUUCUAUGUAGACUUGUAUUUUUAAUACUGUCUCAAAGUAUCCUUUGUAGGUAAUACAUUUUUCAUUUAAGAUAUAACAGUGUUGAUGUAUAAUGCCAGUGUAUGGGUGAUUUCAAGAAAACUGUGAUGCAGGUAUGCGUAAAGUUAAUCGAGCGUGUAUUGAAAUAGUUAAUAACUUAAAAAUUCACAUAGGUGAAAUUAUUUUAUUUUAGUUUUUAAGAGAUCCCAUACCCAAUAAUACCUACCAAGGAUCUUUUGAACGUAAAGUAAUUGACAAGCCUCUGUUUUUACAAUUGCAAAAUGAGGAUAAUAUAAUUAAUGGUAAAGUGAGGCUGCGCUGAGAUAUGUCUGUGCUGCUGUCUUACACUGUGAACAUUCUCUGUUGAGGCUGUGUCGUCCAUUUGUCUAUGAAUAGACAAAUUUCCAAAUUAAUCAAUAUAUCGAAUAUUGUCUACAGAGACAAUAUCUUUUGUAUUAAAUUUCGUAUAUGGCCUUACAAAUACACAAUGAACGUGUAACGUAGAUAUAUUAAACAACUGUAAAGCAUAUUGGAAUUGUUUUGUAGCACUUUAUAUACUCUCCAUUGUAAUAUGUUUGCAUAAACAUCUGAAGAGUACCGCAUUAAAAAAUGUUCAACACAAUAGAUAUGUAACAUCCCAUAUCUGAUAGAAAUUUUCUUUUUCAUUUCUUUUCAAUAUAACAAAAAAAUAUACAUAUACGUGAGUGUGUCUGUUAUAUUUUUUUUAUGUGUACACACAUUACGUGUGUGUGCGUGUGUGUGUCAUCAUAUAUAAAAUUUUAUAUUUGCAGAUUUACAUAAAAUGUAUGAGAAUUUGUAUUUUUUUAUAUAUAACAUUACUAUUUCUUUUUUUAUGUACAUCAAUAAGAACGACAAGGUUUUAUGAUGAUGUAUAUAUUUUUAUGUAAUAUUCCUAUGAACUAUGGGAUGUUACGAUAUGUCAAAUAUUCUGAGGCCUUAUUAUAAUCUUAGUCCAUUGGAAAUUAUGCAAUUGUACUGAAUUUUUCUGAAUAUCUAUCGAGAAUGCAUUAAGCGAUUAUCUAAUAAAGUUCAGAAAAUGAGGGAGUUUGUUAUAAAAUAAAUCCAAUGACUGACUGUAAUUAAAUAAAAUAAUACAUGGGAGAAUGUUCACUGUAUGCUUCAGGUGCUAUGAGGAUGGUGUUACAUUCUCAUGACAUGAUGUAAUAUUAAUUAAUACGAAAAACCCAUAUUGGUGUUUCUCAACUGAUAAGUUAUAGAACAAUUCGAAAGACAUUUAUUAAAAUAUGUAAUAUGCAAGGUGUAAGAAAAGCCAUCUUUAUUCGCACAAGCAAAGUCGACGAAAUACGCUUAUGGUGAUUUAAAACUUUUUUUUAUAUAAUAUAUUAUUUCAUCGAAAAGUGUAUUAUAUCUUUAUAUCUUAAAACUUCUAUAAACCACAAUUUCUUCCUUUAGGGUGAUACAUUGAAUUUAUUUAAUUUGCAGAAUGUAUAGGCAUAUAAGCGAUGUCAAUAAUACUCGCAAUAAUAACAGUAAAAACACAUGUAACAUGUGAGAAAUUUUUUGUGGAACAAAAGUGCAAAGAGCAGUCUCUCUGGAUUUACUGAUUCGAUUUUUUAUCCGUAAUGAAUAAAGGUGACAUUGCCUUAACGGAUAGCACUUGUAAUAUUUAAGAGCUACUCGGAGCUUGUGUUGAGAAACACCGCAUAAGAUACAUAACAUUAUUACGAGUACUAUUCUUAAUACUAAUCUCUUCUGUUUAGCCAUAACGAUUAUAUAAUUGUGCAUUCGCGCAUGUAAUUAUAUGAUUAUAGAUAAAUAAUCAUAUAAUUAUAUACAUUAUAUAUACAUAUAUAGGAUAUAUAAAAAAUACCAAGUAAAAUACGAUGUUGAAUUUUAAUUUGGGUUAUAUAGUUUUAUUUUAUAUUUAGAAAAAAAGGUAUAGGAGGGCAUUUAGCGUGACCAUUGGUUUGAACUAAAGAAUUUUACUAUAGCAUGUGCACACGCAUAUAUAAAUAUGUUAAAGAAAUUUUCCUAAUACGUAUAUAUUAUGUAGGAAAAAUCAUGAAGUGUGUGCAGAUCCAUAUCAAAAUUCUUUGGGUCAAAAAAAUAAUCUAACAUUAAUUCAAUCGCAAUUCCUGAUGUUUAGAUAAAGUAUAAUAUGUUACGAAUAUCUGUUCUUUCAUUUUGUUUUAAUCUUGUAAGUAGUAGAAUCGCUCCUCGAACAGUUCCUUAAAGAAAGAUACAAAAUAAGAGAUACCUACUGUGAAUUAUUGUAUCACAUUCGUGGUUUUUCGACAUCCUAAAUUGUAUACAUAUGUUAUAUAUAUAUAUAUACAUACAUAUAUCGCUCUACAAACUGUUGUAACAAUCUAUUUCAAAGGAUAAUUUUUCAACAGUAUGAUAUGCAAACAAUUCUUUUUGGACAUUUUUUUUAGUAUAUUCAUUUAAUAUGCUCCUCUUUCCAUUAUCUCGCUGAAUAAUAUCAAAUAAAUAAGUUAUACAAUGAAAAA